UGUACUCACUCAGAGAGGAAAAAUGCCAUUUGGAAUCACUUCUACUUCACUCACCUUAUGUCUUCUUCUUCUCUCUCUUUCUUUCUCAAGUUAGCUUAGCAGUCUCUCACCAGAAAGUCUAACCUCACAUCACAAAUCCGAACAAACAUUGAUACAGUGAUAGGGAAGAGAAGAGAGAGAUAGAGAGAAAAAAGAAGCUAAAAUGAAAGAAGAAGCUUUGGUGACGGAUGAUCCAGCAAUGACCUUUGAAGAGGUUUCUAUGGAACGCAGCAAGAGCUUCGUUAAGGCGUUGCAGGAGCUCAAGAACUUGAGGCCUCAACUAUACUCGGCUGCUGAUUACUGUGAAAAGUCUUAUCUUCAUAGCGAACAAAAGCAAAUGGUACUGGACAAUUUAAAGGACUAUACUGUAAAGGCUCUGGUUAAUGCUGUUGAUCACCUUGGAACUGUUGCUUCCAAGCUUACUGAUCUCUUUGAUCACCAAAGUUCAGACAUAUCAACUAUGCAGUUGAGAGCUUCUUGUGUUAGCCAGCAACUGCUUACAAGCCGGACAUAUAUAGACAAAGAAGGUCUUAGACAGCAACAGCUAUUAGCAGUUAUCCCAAUGCAUCACAAGCACUACACUCUACCCAAUUCUGUUAACAAGCGGGUACAUUUUAGUCCUCUCAGACGCACAGACACAAGACAGAAUCAUUAUCAAGUAGACAUAUCCCGUCUUCAACCUUCAGGUGCCAUGUCCCCAUCUUGGAGCUUGAUUGAUGUACUAGUUGUAGUUAUAAAUUGUAACUGCUUAAGUAAUGGUUUGGUUUUGACUCACUUAGAUGCCCCUUCAUCGAAAUCACUCUCCUGGCAUUUAGGAUCAGAGACAAAGUCUACCCUAAAAGGAACAACUAGUGUUGCAUCAAGCUCCAAAGAUUCAAAGGCUUUUGUAAAGACAUCUGGAGUGUUCCAUCUUUCAGGUGAUGAAGAAAACAUAAUAAACAAGAAGCCUUUUGUCGGAGUUUCUCAGGUCUCAGGCGUUCCUGCAACAUCCACCAUCGCAAGGCAGACAUACGGCGUUGCCCAUAAGGCUGUGGAAGUUCCCAAACUUACGACGGCACAAAAGUCACAUGACAACCCACGACAAGAGAUCAUUCAAGCCCCUGUACGGACCAAAAGUGUUAUGUCUGCGUUCUUCGUUAAACCGAAAACUCCAAAGCUCAAAGCCGGUUACGUCUCGUGAGACACCAAACUGAGAAGGAAAGUUCCAAUAUCAUCAUCCUACCCUUCUUUUAUUCUUACAACACGUUCGUCUCUUUUCAUGUAAUUGAUCUUAGGUCCAACAUCAUUGUACGAAGUCAAAUAAGACAUGAUUAUGGUCCGUGAAUAACAAAACUGGGUAGAUUAAUCAAGAAUAAAUGUGUUUUAAAGCAAAGGUUUGAAGUGCAAAAGGCACUAUAAUGAUUUUAUUAAGUUACUAGAUUCUGCGGGUA